AUGGGAAAAAUAAGUAUUCUGAAAAGAAAGAUUAAAAGAGGAUAUAAAGAAGUCGAUCAGAGCCUGAAAUUGAGCAAGAAAGAGAAAAAUGAGACAAAAAGACCAAAAAAAGAAAGGUCAUCGAAGAAAAAAGCCAAGGCUCGAAGGAGAGAUAAACAAAGACAAAAAAAUAGAGGAAAAUGGGAAGAGGAAAGAAUAGGCGGUAAGGAGAUAGAAAAUGUAUUAAAACAGCCUAUUACUUUUUGUCUGUCACCAACUUUAUCUUUCUACUCCUCUCACAUAGCAUUUACUGGUCAAUGACUAGGAGGCAUGUAGAAAUGAAUAUGGACAUGUAAAUGUGGGUGUUAAUAAUAUUUGUCUUUAUCUCAUAGGUGGAAUCCAUGAGAAGUUAUCUGGCAGAGAGUUGUCUCUGACACCAUUGGACUUUAGUUUCCCUCAUGAGCUAGGGAGUGAUAUUCUGUCCCUGAAAGUGUCCGACUUCGAGUUCCACCGUGAGCUGGGAAGAGGAGGCUUUGGAAAGGUGAGACAUGUGUCUCCUUUUGGUGGAAACACCUCUUUAUAUUAUUAGGGAUUAGAAAUCCUGAUACAAUACGUGUUGUAUAAGAAAGUCCAUUGGCUUCAUAGCCCAAUUUAUAUAUCACAGAUUUUUGUUUUGUUUUUUAAUGUGCAAAACAUACACAAUGAACAUUUACCUAUGUAUGGCUUCUUGAUUGCUUUAAAAUCCAUUGCAGGAGAUUUAACUGAUUUGUGGCUUUCGCUGAUGCCAUAUAUUCUUUGCACUUUAAUUAAUUAGGGUUAUUCCAUACACCUGAAAUGCAGCUAGAAAAUCUCUCCGUUUUAGCUAUUUGGCUAAUUUGUUCUGAAAGUUUGAAUUUUCUGGUGAAUGCUUGACAAUUACCAGUUACGUAAAUAACUCUCUUAGUAUCUAAUGAAAUUCAGUAUCAGUUUAUCAGAAAGACAGAUACGCAUAUUUUUGUUUAUUACAUGUUAUUUGACAUGUUAUUCUACAAAACACUGAAAAGGUGGUGAUCUGGAGAAAAACUUCAAAAAACAUGACUCCCUCUUUGACAAAUGGUAAACAGAGUCACAAUCUAGUCAUAUUGCUGCAUUCACUGAUAUAAAUUGUAUUAAAUAGAAAUGAUAGACUGAGAAUCAUAGCGUGGUCCAUUUGGCAUUCAUGUAGUAGACACUUUAACGAUAUCUCAUUUACCUGUCUCUCUCAGGUCAUGCUAGCCUCAUGCAAAAGAACACAACAUCUUGUGGCCAUGAAGGUUAUGAAUAAAAGUCCUGCAUUGACCACCUGCAUUCUCACAGAGCGGCGCACGCUUGAACUUGCUGGAGGUUGCCCGUUCCUCUGUGAGGGCCUUGCUGCCUUUCAGACCCAGGUACAGAAUUGUUUGUCUUUAUUUCUACAACCUUAUCAAAUCUUCAAGUAUGCCUUCCGCCUGUAUUGUCAGCCAUGUUUACAUGCCAUAUCUGUUUGCAACUGUGUUAGUCUUCAUGUAUUUAUAAUACUUUGUUCUGGUGUUUUUUUCCAAACAGAAGCACGUGUUCUUUGUCAUGGAAUACAUGCGUGGUGGCAGUCUGUAUUACUAUUUGGAGAAGAGAUCAUGUCUGGAAACGUACGAGGCUGUGUGAGUAAAGGGGGGAAAGAAAGAUUAGAGCUGGGAGAAAUAGCAGGGAAAAUAUGAUCGGUGUAAGAGUCACUCCUACAGCCUAUUAAUUCCAGCGCCCUAGUGGAUUUAUUUUAUAAAGAAACUGUGGAAAAUUGACACGGCAAUUACACAUAUUAGGAUAAAAUAGCCAAAUUGAAAAACAAAUUAUACUUUCGCAAAAAAGUUAGAAUUCCCUUCUAAUUUGAUAGUUUGUUGAAUAAACUUUAUUGGUCCUCAUGUGUUUUUAUUAAUUAGGAUAGAUUCAUUUAAGCUCUUUUUUUCCCAAUUUUAUCAGGUUUUAUUCAGCAGAAAUUGUCUGUGGCCUUCAGUUCCUGCAUAGCCGUGGAAUUGUUCAUCGGUGAGUCCAUGAGAGAUUCCUUUUCUGUUCUUUCUCAUAUUGAUCCACUCUAUCAUUCUUUCUGAGCUAUGAGUCACUCACUGUAGUGCUUCUCUCUGUAUCUCUGUAUAUUAGCUGUAUUCCCACACCUCUCUGCUCUGCCUUCUUCCUCUCUGUGUAUACUAGUAGUAUUCAUUCUCUCCAUUCAUUCUCUUAUCUGCCAUCUUUGUCUCUGGCUGUUGUUGCCUUUCUCACUUUUUAACUCAAUCCCUCUACCUAUCACUCUCUGCGGUGUUCAACCCUGUGAUUUUUUCACCCAUUUUGCCACACUAUUUACGAACGUUCAAUUCACAAACAAUUUUCUUUACUUUAGUGAUCUGAAGCCAGAUAACAUAUUACUAGAUGGAGAUGGUCACGCAAGGAUAGCGGAUUUUGGCUUGGUGGAAGAAAACAUGUACAAGGGCAAAAAAGCCAUUGGAAAGGCCGGGACCACUAUUUACAUGGCCCCUGAGGUAGGUUAAUCACCAAUAUGUUUAUUUCCUAUAUUCUUCUGUGAUGUGUAAAGCUUGAGAUCUGCUGUAAAGAAUGUCUGAUAUUCUGAACUAGCUCCUCUGUAUUGUCCGAUGUUUUGUAUUUAUUAUAGUUUGCUAAAUGGACAUUCCAGGGCAGAUUUUAGCACAACGUUUUGGUUAAAAUUAGCUGAGAUGGAAAGAUAGCUGACUUGAAGAUUUCUUUCCAAUUCAAUUGUUUCGAAUUUAAAAUGAGCAAUUUCUGAUAUCUUACAUAUUAGUAAAUAAACCUGUCUACUGUUAAUUUCUAACGGGCAUCCGUACACUGAAUCAAUAAGAACAGUUUUCCCAACCAGAAGCAAGCCCAAAAAAAAGGCUUCCAUAUACUUGCAAAAUUGCUUUCCAUGCAUUUCUUACCAGUGCAUGGGUGGCAUUGUGUUGUGUAUGUGUCAUGAUCUCGUGCAGGUCAGGUAAGAGACUUAUAACAGGGUUAACAUUUGACUGUUUAUCGGAGUCUUUAGACAUAUUUACAAACAAAAAGUAUAGGAUAGGAUCCUGACAAUAUGUUUUAAACAUCUUUCCUUACAAUGAAAUGUUGUAUACCUACAUUAAAUAGACAAACUACAAUAAAAGUGACACUGUGUCUGAUAUUAAUACAUGUUCCUUUUACAGUUACUAGCAGAUAAAGAAUUUGAUGCUGCAGUGGAUUGGUGGUCGCUCGGCAUAAUUAUCUGCGAGAUGCUGGUCGGUGACCACCCUUAUGAUAGAUUACUGUCGUCAAACCAAUUCCGGUAUUCUGUUAUCAUGCGGAAGCCUCAAUACCCCGACUGGGUCACCACCAAUACAAAAGGCAUUGUGUCUAAGGUGAGUAUCUACAUCUCCUAUCAGGUUUAAAGCUCACCACCAAUACAAAAGGCAUUGUGUCUAAGGUGAGUAUCUACAUCUCCUAUCAGGUUUAAAGCACUACAGAAAGAGGACAGGUGAACUUGUGCCACAGUGAAAAACAUCAGGGAAUGACACUCAAGGAUGUUGAGUGGGGGAGUAAGUGUACAUUGAUGCAGUUAUGGGUCAGGUUGCUCAGCACUUGAUGAGAGAAAUUAAUUCCUCUCCAACAUAAACAUAUAUGCUAUUAAAACUGUUAAAGUGAACAGAAUGUGCAAUAACAUUUUGAGAUUUUAUUAUUCAUGGUUAGUUGUCCAAAUGCUAAUCUUAUUUAAUGCAUUUGUAUUUCCAGCUCCUCAUGAAAAAUCCCAAAUUCCGCCUUGGGGUAUAUGGAGACAUUAGGCGCCACCCAUUUUAUGGAGACCUAUGCUGGGAGGAAUUGGAGGCUAAGAAGAUUUCACCUCCAUAUAAGCCAUCGGUGGUAAGUAUUUAUAUGAAUGUUAGCCCACACUUAACCAAUACAUUUUAUGUAACAACCUAUAGUAGCACUCAGUUGAUUCUCUUAAAAGGCCAAAAUUCAUUUUAUGCGUUCAUUAGAAAGGAAUUUAGGGUAGAUAAAGAAACCAGAUAUAUUAAAAAAAUAACACAUGCUCAAUGUUUAAAAAUGAACAAACAGCUAACUACUACCACCUGUCCGUGAAUAUUCUUCUGGAAGAAACAAAAUAUAUUUAAGAGUUCUAGAGAAUUAAAUUAAAUUAAGUACUACGUUUUAUCAUUUUUAUUUCAAAAGUAAAUUAAAUUAAUGCAUCACGCUAUGUCAUUUUUGUAAUAUGAGAUCUUUUGUUCUUCCAACAGCAGCCAACUUUGGAUUUCAGAAAACAACCACAGAAGAAGCCCCACUCAUUUCUGGAGGCCCUGAUGAAUAACACCUCUUCAGGAUACAGACGAGACCUGGUUGGCCUGUCUUUCAGCAGCCCCAGAUGGAGGGUCUAG